AUGGCGUGGAAUAAACCCAAUACCCUCACAGGGGCCAUGCAAUCCCUCCGCCUAACAUCCACCAUCUCCAACACCUCAAUUCACGCUUCCCGACCAACCCUCAACAUCCUCCGCACACGCACCUACGCAACAGAAGCAAGUCAAGCAACAGAAGCAGCCCCCGGAGCCGUUGCCCCAGAAAUCAACUUCGAAAACUUCGCCCAAAGACCCGCCCGAAUUCUUCCUGCUUCUCGCUCCUACUUCUCCGGCAGACCGCGGUUCAUCGAUUCCGUUCUAGAACUUGAAGCCCUGCAAGCCAAGUAUGCCACUAUACCCACGGUGUCAAUCCACGAGGCACCACGCAUGGCGUGGUUCAAGCUGCCUCAGUUCCGUGAUUUCGUGGGCGAGACCAUCCCCAUGAAGAAAUACAAGCAGCUGCUCAAGAUCCUGCAGCGGAUGAACUGUAUCAAGCCCGAGCUUGUUCCUGACGAGGUCCACGCGACUCUGCGCAAGUUCAUUCGUCCUGGUAACCCGUACGCGGAUGAGAAGCCCGUCUAUACUGUUGAUGAGAAUGGGUGUGCACGCGCCAAGGGCAAGAGGAAGGAGUCUACCGCUGUUGUGCACCUUCUUGAGGGUGAGGGCGAGGUGUUGGUUAAUGGAAAGAAUAUCGUGGAGGUGUUUAAGCGGGUCCAUGAUCGUGAGAGUGCGCUUCAUGCUCUGCGGAUCACGCAGCGUGUGGAUAAGUAUAAUGCUUGGAUUGUUGUGAAGGGAGGUGGUGUUACUGGACAAGCUGAGGCCAUUACAUUGGCUCUUGGUCGGGCUUUGAUGAUUCAUGAGCCUGGCUUGAAGCCUGUUCUGCGCAAGGCUGGUGUCAUUACCGUUGAUGCCCGUCGUGUCGAGAGAAAGAAGCCCGGUCACGUCAAGGCUCGCAAGAUGCCUACCUGGGUCAAGCGUUAA